AUGACAGAUAUAUCAGAUAACAAUUUGAAUACGCUCACUUCAAACAAUCUUCUAAAUGAGAAAAAACUUACUGUUAUAGAUGCUAUACAAAAAGAUGAUAAAACUUCAAAUGAAAAUGACAAAGUUAAAUUUUUGCAAUUGUUUCGAUUCGCAACUCCCUUAGAUAAAUUAAUGAUAUUUUUUGGUUCAAUUGGAGCAAUAGCAAACGGGGUUUCCAUGCCAUUAAUGACUAUAAUAUUUGCUGAUGUCCUUCAAGCUUUUGCUAAUUUUGCUAUCACCAAAACAAAGGAAGGAGACAUGAUCGUAGCUGCAGAAGAGUUAAAACUCGUCGUUAAAAAUAAAGUUAUAUUAUUCGUUAUCUUGGCCGUUGCAGUAUUUAUACUUUCUUAUUUUCAAAUGUCACUUUGGAUGAUUGCCGGUGAAAGACAGGCAAAGAAAAUACGUCAAGUUUACUACGCGGCCAUUCUUCGUCAAGAUAUUGCAUUCUUUGAUAAAAUGUCAACUGGAAAUAUUACUAAUCGUAUUUCUUCUGACUCUGACUUAUACCAAGAAGGUAUUUCUGAAAAAGUUGGUUUAAUCAUACAGAAUGUUGCCUCCUUUAUCACUGGGUUUGUCAUUGCUUUUAUCAAAGGGUGGAAACUUGCACUUGUUCUUUGUAGUGCUUUUCCUUUACUUGCUGGUGCCGCCAGUUUUAUGUCAAAAUUGCUCGCAAAUUCUACGAAACAAGGACAAGAUGCAUACGGAGAAGCUGGAGCGAUAGCUGAACAAGUCCUCUCUGGAAUAAGAACGGUAACAGCAUUUGGAGGACAACAACGUGAAAUAGUUCGAUAUACUACAAAACUUCAGCAAGCUUAUAAAGUUGGAAAGAAGAAAGCUGUAAUUACCGCUAUAUCAACGGGAUCAAUUAUGGCUAUCAUCUAUUGCACUUAUGGACUCGCUUUUUGGUACGGAAGUAUAUUGAUCCUUGCUGGAGAAGCUGAUAGUGGUAUCGUUUUAAAUGUUUUUUUUUCCAUCCUUAUUGGUACCUUCUCCAUCGGCGGAGCCGCUCCAAACUUUUCAGCGAUCAGUGUUGCGAUGGGAGCUGCAUAUAAUUUGUUCGCCGCCAUCGAUCGUAUACCCACUAUAGAUUCAGCCUCAUCUGAUGGUAAAAUGCUCAACAAAGCUGCGGUAAAAGGUCGGCUUGAAUUCAAAAAUCUUAAAUUCCAUUAUCCAGCCCGUCCUGAUGUACAAGUUCUUAAAAGCUUUAGUCUUACAAUUGAACCUGGCGAAACUGUCGCUCUAGUUGGUACUUCUGGAAGCGGUAAAUCCACGAUUGUAGGUUUACUAGAACGUUUCUAUGAUCCAAUUGAAGGUCAAAUUUUAUUGGAUGGUGAAGAUAUUAAGAGAAUAAAUAUCAAGUCAUUACGUGCUCAAAUUGGUCUUGUUGGUCAAGAACCUAUCCUUUUCCCUGAAAGUGUACGACAAAAUAUCGCCUGGGGUGCCAAUCCUGAUGGGCCCGAACCUUCUUUGAAUGAUAUUAUCGAAGCUUGUAAAAAAUCAAAUGCUCAUGAGUUUAUCGACGAUUUACCUCAAAAGUAUGACACUGACGUCGGUGAAAAAGGGUCUCUCAUGUCCGGCGGGCAAAAACAAAGAAUUGCUAUCGCGCGUGCUUUAAUCAAGAAUCCCGCAAUAUUAUUACUUGACGAAGCAACUUCGGCUCUUGACACGGAAUCAGAACGUCUCGUGCAAGAGGCUCUUGAUGUUGCAGCAACUGAUCGUACAACAAUUGUUGUAGCCCAUCGCCUUUCUACCAUUAAAAAUGCCAGUAAAAUAGUUGUAAUGUCACAUGGUGAAAUUCUCGAAGUUGGUCGUCAUGAAGAACUCAUCGCUUCUAAAGGUUUUUACUAUGGACUUGUAAAAGCUCAAGAACUUAAAACUGAGAGCGACGCAGAAAAAUCCGGAUUUUAUGGAGAUGAUGACGAUGAAAACAUCGAAAGCGAAACGACAAUUACGUUUAAUGAAAAGAAUUAUCUGAAACGUAUUGAAACCAAGGCUUCAACUGUCAAAUCAUAUCAUGAUAUUGAAGAAGAAUUAAAGAAGAGAUCGAAGCAAUCUGCUCCGAUUGCAAGAAUUUUUAAAUUACAAAAACCCGAAACGCUGUACAUAAUAAUUGCCUCUAUCGGGGCUAUUUUUAAUGGAGCCAUUAAUCCAUUAUUUUCAUUAAUCUUCUCUACUUUGUUGAAUGUUUACACUAAAAUUGAUAGGCCCAAUGAAUUACGUAGUGAGGCAAAUUUCUGGGCAGGAAUGUUUAUUGUUCUUGCUGGAGUUGCUGCCUUGGCCAAUUUUGCUCAACAGGGUCUCUUUAUUUUGUCCGGUGAAAUACUUACAAAAAGACUUCGCAAGAUGGUAUUUUCCCACCUUUUGAAACAGGAAAUGGGCUUCUUUGAUGACGAAAGAAACAAUACCGGAGCUUUGACUUCAAAAUUGGCAACAGACGCAACUAAGGUAGAUGGUUUAACUGGUACCCUUAUGGGCAGUAUUAUCCAUUCGGGCUCUAACAUGGUUUUUGGUUUGGGGAUCGCUUUCGCAUACGGCUGGAAAUUAACUUUGGUCAUAUUAGCCGCAACUCCCUUAAUCUUUGCCUCCGGCAUUUUACAAAUGAAAACUCUCGCUGGUUUUGGUGCAAAAACGCGUAAUGCAUAUGAAGAAAGUGGUCAAAUCGUUCAACAAUCUGUCGCAAAUAUGCGCACGAUUGCAUCUUUAUCUCGCGAAGAAACCUUCAAAGAGUUAUAUAAUAAAGCUAUCAAAAAGCCUCAUAGUAUUGCUAUCAGAGGAAGCAUAGUGUCAUCUAUUGGUUUCGGUCUAUCUCAAGGUCUUUUAUUUUUGGUAUAUGCCCUUGCUUUUUGGUACGGAGGUGAAUUAGUAGCGAGUCAAGAAUACACACAAGGCGAUAUGUUGAAAGUCCUCUUUGCAGUUAUCUUCUGUGCUAUGGCUGCCGGACAAACAAGUACCUUUGCUCCAAAUACUGCAAAGGCUAAGAUUGCUGCAAUAUCAAUCUUUGAGAUACUUGAUCGUGAAUCUAAGAUCGAUCCGACUAAUAACGAAGGGAAGGACAGACCUACUCCUUUUACUGGAUCUGGUGAAUUACAUAAUGCUCACUUUAACUACCCUGCUCGUCCAGCAUUAAAAAUUCUUCGUGGUUUAAACCUUGCAAUUGGCUCUGGUAAAACAAUUGCUUUGGUUGGUGGAUCUGGAUCUGGAAAAUCCACGGUCGUGUCAUUAUUACUUCGUUAUUAUGAUCUACUAUCUGGCACAGUUAAUGUUGAAGGAGUUGAUGUUAAGGAUUGGAAUAUGGAAUAUUUAAGAGCAAAUAUGUCUAUUGUAGGUCAAGAACCUGUAUUAUUUGACUUCACAAUUGGUGAAAAUAUCGCUUACGGUAAAGAAGGAUGUUCACAAGAAGAAAUUGAAGCCGCGGCAAAAGAUGCCAAUAUACAUAAUUUCAUCAUCGGUUUACCGAAAGGUUAUGAUACCCCCGUUGGUGAACGAGGAGCCCAACUUAGUGGUGGUCAGAAACAACGGAUUGCGAUAGCGCGUGCUUUAAUUCGUCAACCAAAACUCUUACUUCUUGACGAAGCAACGUCUGCUCUAGAUUCAGAAUCGGAAAAGGUUGUACAAGAUGCUUUAGACACUGCCUCAAAAGGACGAACAACAAUUACAAUAGCACAUCGAUUAUCAACAAUUCAAAAUGCUGAUUUAAUAUGCGUCGUAAAGAAGGGUAAAAUCGUUGAACAAGGUCAACAUUUCGAUUUAGUAGCACAAAAAGGAUAUUAUUAUGAUUUAGUUAAUAAACAAACGUUGACAAAUCUACAAUAA